CACAGUCAUGGAAAGCACGUUCCACUCUAUCACACCGAAGAGGAUGUGCGCGUUCACAAUGAGCAUGUUGCUACGCAGGAACCAAGCAAAAAGACCAUCCAAAUUAUUUUUCCAUUAAAUAGAUACAAAUUUUCCAGGCCAGACCCAGUUCGAACAAAAUUUCUUUACAAGAAGUCCACUCGGUUUGCUCUGCAGCUGUUUACGCGAUGAAUAAUAUCCUUUAACACAGAAUUUUUUUUCAGUUUUUUUCCUAAACUAUUUUCAUCUAUUUUAAUUCCUCUUUUAAUAAUAAAUUUGAAAAGAAAACAAAAAAUAUUUUACGAAUUGCAAAAAGGAUUUUGCCCUUUUCUGAGAAUGUGUUGAAACAAAAUAAGAUUUAUGGAAAAAGUGUGUGAUUUUAAUUAUGAAAUAGUGUUGUUAUCGUAAUUGUUAAAAAAAAAAAAAAAAAAAUAAAACGUAAAAAUAAAAUAUAAAAAAAACAUUAUUUUGGGAAAUUCCAUGGAUUUUCUUGAAAUAAAGAAAAUAUAAAAAAAAAAACACACACACAGACAAACAGCGCGAAGGAAAAGGACAACAUUUCUCGUAUAACGAAUACAUUUUUGAAAAUCAUUUUGCAUGGUGUGAAAUUCAAGGGCCUCGGAAAAUAUCCACUGAUCAAUCAGGCUGGCUAAUGGUUGAUCUCACGUGGAAGUAAGCCAGAAAUGGGCCCGGGGCUGGAUCGGGAACCAGCAAGCAAUAAUCUGAUAAGGUCGCAGCCCCAUUUGUGCGACUUUUUAUCAAAUAAAUACGUUGCCUUUAUAACAAAUAUAUUGUGCAUCAAACAAAGCCAAAAACAACGAUUCGGUUUUUACUAAAAAUGAGGCACUCAAAUAUUUUUAUACACAAAGAUACAAUGGAAUUCGGAUAAAUCACUUUUUUUUAAAUAAUAAUUUUUAAUAUUCCCAAAUUGUGCCAAUUAGGGCACAGUUGUACUAUCCUGUGGUCAUGGAGCCACCUGGCGGUGUAUCGUCAGACAAAGAUAGGCAAUUAGUCGUACAUCAACAGCCAAACUUAAGCCUUUUAAAAUCUGCAAAACAUCAACAACCUCAACAGCAAAAUUCAGCACUCAUGGGUAUAUCUGUUGGAAGUCAGCAAACUAUCGAAAAACUUUCUCGUCCAUUAGCGUUUGAUAAAAUGGAGUCUUUGGUGCGAGAAAUGCAAGAUCCUGAGCAUGGAGUUCCAGUGAGACAGCAGAAAAUGUUUUUAACAUCAAUUCCCUAUGCAUUUAUGGGAUACGAUUUAAUUGAAUGGCUAAUGGAUCGUUUGAUGAUUGAAGAAUCGGAAGCACUUAAUAUUGCUAAUCAAUUGUGUCUGCACGGUUAUUUUUUUCCUGUCAAUGACACAAAAACUCUUGUUGUUAAAGACGACUCAUCACUCUAUCGGUUCCAGACUCCAUACUAUUGGCCAUGGCAACAUAAAGCACCUGAUAACGUAGAGUAUGCCAUCUAUUUGGCAAAACGAUCUCUACGCAAUAAACAACGACACGCCUUAGAGGAUUAUGAAAGCGAAGCCUUGGCUAGUUUGCAUAAAAAUCUCAAAGGCAAAUGGGAUUUCAUUUCGAUGCAAGCCGAUGAACAGGUUCGAUUGGCAAAAGAACGAAAAAAAGGUGACAAAAUUGUUGGAGAUUCACAGGAGCGUGCUUAUUGGCGUGUCCACCGUCCACCACCCGGCCAGUUUACACCUUUGGAACCUUGCCCAGUGCCAUCUCGUGAUCGACAAGGAUUGAAAUCUAAGAAAAAAACCGUUGAAGAUCUUCAGCGAGAAGUUGACUAUUUUCAAAAGUCCCUCACCCGUACCCGAAUGAAAAUGUCACAAGCUUGUGAAAGUCUAGUCAGCUAUUCCGAAACAUUUGCGGAUUAUGAUUUCUUUUUGCAACCGGUCCUUCCUUCCAAUCCAUGGGUAUCUGAAGACAUUACAUUUUGGCAGCUUAACAACACUAUUGUCGACAUUCCAACAGAAAAACGAGUACGUCGCUGGGCUAUUUCUAUUGAAGAGCUCGUUUCCGAUCCAACUGGUUUGCAUGAAUUUACUGCAUUUCUCGAGAAGGAAUACUCUCACGAAAAUAUACGUUUUUGGAUAGCUGUUAAUCGUCUCAGACGUUCGGCUCAUUCGCAAGUUUCCAAAAAAGUCACAGAAAUCUAUGAAGAAUUUUUGAAGCCUGGAGCUCCUUGUGAGAUCAAUAUAGACGGAAAAACUAUGGAAAUUGUUCAAAAAGGCUUAAAAAAUCCUUCUCGUUUCACUUUCGACGCUGCUGCUGAACAUAUUUAUAUGCUGCUGCUGAAAAAGGACUGCUAUCCCCGUUUUAUUCGAUCGGAACAUUAUAAGAACCUUUUGGCUACCGGCAUACAGCCGUUGCACAAAAAACGAUUCUUCAACUUUGGUGGAGUUGGUGUUAAAAAGAAAACGGCUGUGAAUACUGCAACUCUAUCUAGCCAAUCACAUGCUAGUGGUACUUCGGCAGCAAGUGCUCCUGUCCCACUGCCCGGACAUUUAACUCGUCGUCGUGGUAGUGACCGAAGUCUUUCGGGUUCGGUUCAUGAAUUAGCUGUAAUCGGAAUAAAGGAUGCAGGCAGUAAAGUCCCCCAUUCUCAUAGUCAAAGUAAUUUGUCUGAGAUUGCCUACAGGGACGGAACAAAGCCUGCUGUGGAUAAGCUAGAAACUACCAUAGAAUCAGCUAGUGCCAUAUGUCCAUGGGAUGAACCCGAACCAAGCCAAGAUCCUUCAUCUACUAUACAGCUCUCUGUUUGCCCUUGGGAACAGGAAGAACCUCAAAUUGCACAAACGACCUCUAAAAGACUACCAAGUACUUCAUCUGAUAUAUCUGAUGUUUCUGAUCGUAUGAGAAGGUCUUGUGGUCUAAGACAAAAUACCGUGGAUAGCUGUGAAAGUAGCUCAAAACGUUUAAUGCCUAAUUUUACCGAACAACGAAGAGCUUCGGUGACUUUGACCCCAAGAAUAUCGGAAUAUGCCAGAUCUAUGAAAGCAACAUCUCUCAACGUUCCAAUUUAUACUGAAGAUGUGUCAUUUCUGUCCUCUUCUGAAGAUCUUAAAAAAUCAACAACAAAUAUCAAUAAUGAACAUGUUGUAUCUGUUGUCCUAGACAAACCUCUCGAAUCAGAUACUAUUCAACCAUCUGUUGAAACAGUUACAACUUCAACCGAUGAUGCUAUAGAAGAUGAUGAUGAACAAAAAAUAACGCCUGAUGACAAUCCUGAUGACGAAAUUAAAGAUGCAGCCGAUGUGCAAACUGAAGUACAAAUUGAGUUGAUACAAAUGGAAACAAAUUCCGAAACACAAAAUCUCGCUUCUACUUCUGUUGAGAUACCUGAAUUGCUUGAUAAGAGCGAUAUUAAAUUUGAUAUACCAAUACCAACUCCUGAAAUAAAUAAUCCUUUGUCAGGUGAAACUGCAGAGGAAAUUGACAUUCCUGCCAGUAGCUCAAAAAUGGCAUUAGAUGAAAUCAAAAGUGCAACGAAUAAUUGUAAGAUUGCUAAGUCAAAUUCAAGUAAUUGGCCAGCUAAUAACGAUACUAAAUUACCAAUAGCCAACGCCUCUAGUAGCCUUAAAAAGGCGCCAUCAAUCCAAGUUGAAAGUUUAAUUGAAUUGAAAGAACAAGACGUUUCGAUUCCAAUGAAAACGGAAUCUGAAGCAAUUAAUAUUAUAACAUGCCUCGAUCCAAUUGAGGCCGAUAUACCAAUAGAGCUUCCUUCAAGUGCAAUACCAAAUACGGCACUGUGUAUUGUUAAAAAUACAAACAUUGACCAGGAUCUACAACUAUCUCCGAUAGACCCUAGAGAAGAGGAAAUGUGCGACGAAGAAGCUCUUCUGCAUGAAGAGCUUUCACCAACAACCGAUGAAUACCAUGAAGGUCUUCAGUUUGAGGGCCGAACUGAGUCGUAUGAUUAUGAUAUUGAUGAUGUUAUAACUCCUGGUUGUGUGGCGCCAGCUCCAACACCUGCACCAUCGCUAGCACCUUUAGCGGAAAUCGAUAUUGAUCCGGUUGAAGAUGAAAUUGAGCAACCAGCAAAGAAACCGGAAAACGAAGAGUCGAAGAAAAAGCGAAAGAAACAUAGUUCGGAAACUCGAAAAUCCGUUGACAAGACUGGUCCUGAAAAUGCUGCUUCUGGUGCGCAAGCUAAGCCAGAGGGUGAUGCCAAUCAUAAAACUGUUUGUCCUUGGGAGGAUGAGGAUGUUUCAUCGAGCGAUACAACUUUUGUGAAAACCUAUGCUACACUUGGUUACUUGUGAAUGAAGUUUAUUACUGUAGGGAAUAUAUAGAGAUUUUUGUUGUUAAAUAUAUAUAUUUUUUAUGUAAUAACAACAUAAAUUAAAUUUAUUAAAUGAGUCUGUUUAAGCCAAAAAAGGACUUAGUUUUAUAUAUUUAAUAAUAAUAAUUACAAAAAAAAAAAUGCACUUAAGAAAUUGUCUUUGCUAAAAGCUUAAAUUUAUAAUUCAUCGCAUAUUUCUAGUAAGUUUUAUAAAAAAAAAAUGUAUACACGUUCUUAUUUACAAAUUAAAAACAAAAAAAAAAAAAGAAAUUAAAUUUCUUUUAACUAAGAAAGUAUGAAUACAAAAACAAACAAAAAAUAAAUAAAUACAUAAAUAAAGUUAUCUAUCAGGUAUAUAUUGUUAUGAAUAAAUAAAAAAUAAUUCACACUACAAACGAAAGUUUCUAUUACAUUUACCUUAUGGUCUUGUUCACACUUGUAAGUCAAGUUAAAUAAAUACAAAAAAAAACUAAUAUUUCAUUUAUGUUCUUGUUUUUUGUCGAUUUUAAUUUAAUUAAUUUUCUUAUUUAAUUAAUUUAAAUUCAAACUAACUUAAAUCAAUAAACAAAAAAUACAUAAAAAAAAGCUGCGAAAUGUUUGUAUUGCUUGGCAUGCAAUGAUUUUAAGAGCCCCAGUAUGUAUGCCAAUCAAUUCAACGUUUUGUGGGCAAUAAGAAAAUAUGCUAAUUAUAAUUUUCUGUUACGACAAUAAAUAACAACUAACCGAUUUUUUGGCUUAAAUUUAUCAAUGAAAUAAAAAAAACAAUGAAAUGCUGACUUAAAAAUGGUAAAGAAUGGUUAGCAAGACAUAUUUUAGCGAGUAUAAAAGAAACAUUAUAUAAUUUAACACGGCUGCGGCGCGUUUUAAUAAAAGAUUAUUUACAAUAAUGCUCUUUGUCUGUAAUUCUGAUAUCAAUCUAAUGGAAUAUCUCUUCAAAACAGAUUACAUAAAUAUUAAAUUUUUGAUGUCUAUUAAAUAAAUAGUGCAUAGAUAAAAACCCACUAUAGAGGAUUGUGUACAAUGCGACUACAUAAUUUGAUCUUCCAUGUUUAAAUAAAAAAUUUAAUUUGUUAAAUUAAAAAAUUAAAUUAAAGUUAUACAGGCCGUGUGACUUAUUAUAUAAUUUUAAUUGACUGAGUUUUAACAUAAAUAUAAGUUUAAAAAUAUUAAAACAUUAAACAAAUAUGUAAAUUAUAAAAAACAAAGAAAAAAAACAAAAUAAAAUUAUUACAACUGACAUGCACAAAUCAUAUUUUUAUAUUUUUAUAUAAAUGAUUUCAAGUAUUUUUGUAUAUUUUCAAAAUAAAAUAUUCUUUAAGUUGCGCUUUUAUCUACUACCAACGUUUUAAAUCUGUGUUAUUUGCUGUUCAAAUUUGCUUAUACAUAAACAAAGAAAUAUUUACAUUGUUUAACAAUUUUUUGCUUAUACUUAUCCUGGUUUUGAAUUUUCAACGAACUACUAUUUUCAUAGUCUUCCCUUCCAUUAAAAUUCGUACUGUAUUUGUUUUCGAAAACGUAUAUUAUAUUCUUAAUGGAAAUGUGCAAUGAACCAUUUAAUAAAUAGCCGGGCGCUGCUUUUUUGCUUCUAUAUAAUUUUUCAAUCACAAAAAGGACUUAAUUAUAUAAAAAAAUAAUAUUAAAUCUCAUAAUGCUAAGAUCAAAAGAUUAAAAGCUAAUAAACAUUUACAAAUUAUGCUUUGGAAAAAUAUUCAAAUAAAAAAAAGGAAUACACAUAACCUUAUACAGAACAGUGUUUAACCCUGCGCUGUGUAAAUCAGGAUAGUUAUUAAACACAGCUAAGAAAAAUAAAAAGUAUAAAUCAAAAUUAUUCUUAGAUUCAACAAAACAAAAGAAAAACAAACAACACUCUAAUUAAAUUUAAGAAGUAAACAAAAAUAAAAACCCCUUAAAGUUAAAAAAAAAAAAUAAAAGAUGAAGUCAAAAUAGAAAAUAGUUAUACAUAUAUGUAAUACAAAAUGCAAAUGAUAUAUUUAUAAUUAUUUUAAUGACAGUUAUAAAGUUUUUAACAAAUAAUUUUGUAAAUCUUUUUGAUUAAAAUGAGACCACCGUAUAUUUUUUUUUUAAUUAUCUAAUCAAAAAAAUAAAAAAAUAUAAAAAGAUUUAUUUCGAUGAGGAAAAAAUAAUUACAAGAAAAUAAUAUCUAUACGUACAUAAAAUGAAUAUAUAUAAUGAAACAUUUGCAAAAAACAAAACGUAACAAAGUUAAAAACCAAAAAUAGUAAACCAACAAAAAAAAUCACAUACUUUCAAAAUCGGUAUACCAAUUUGUGAAAAAACACCCGUUGUGGUAUUUUGAUUGCUUUUGAAAACGUGUAUAAUGUUAGAAAAAAAAAAAUAAAUACAAAAAAAAUAUUGUUUAUUUGAUAGUUAAAAAAUAUUAUUAUAUAAAAUAAAAUAAAAAUAAAAUUUCCGAAAACAAACAUUUUCAAAAAUUAACUGCAUUAGAUAAUUGACAUUUAUAAAAAAAAAAAACAAAACAAAAAAAAUAAAAUAAAAAAGAGAAAAGAACUUUACAUAGAUACACGAAUAUCUAUGCUUUAUUAUAUUGAAUAAAAAAAUGAAUAUUUAAUGUUUGUUUAAAAAAAAAAUUAAAAAUAAAAAUACAAAAAAAAAAUUAUUACAAAACAAAAAAGUUGUGGUUAUGCAAAUGGCAUAAAGUUAAAGAAUAAAUAUGAAGAUAUAGAAUUAAGGAGAUAUAAAACAAUAUUAUUAAAUAAUAAAAAAAAAACACAAAAAAAA